AUGGUGGUGCUCUUGUUCCUCAGCUUUGCUGCCUGCACUGCUCUGCUCUCAGGAGAGAAAGUCCUGCAGACUCCCAGUGACAUGUUGAAGAACACGGGAGAGACGGCCACCAUCCAAUGUUCUCACAGCAUUACGGGCUACGACGUGAUCCUCUGGUACAAGAACGUGGACGUGCAGAUGCAGCCCCUGGGGUACAUGUCUUACAGCAACGCCCUCCCAGAGAAGGGUGUGGACGUGGAGAUAAAAGGGAGCGCCUCAGUGAAUGAACAGUGCCGACUGAUCGUCCCAAAGCUCAACCUGAACAGCAGUGCAUUUUAUUACUGUGCAGCUAGCUACCACGCUGCAGCAUUAAGCUGCCCUAUCAACUUUGCUGCCUGCACUGCUCUGCUCUCAGGAGAGAAAGUCCUGCAGACUCCCGGUGACAUCAUCGAGAAGACGGGAGAGACGGCCACCAUCCAAUGUAGUCAUAACGUGACGAGCUACGACGUGAUCCUCUGGUACAAGAACGUGGACGUGCAGAUGCAGCUCCUGGGGUACCUGUACAACAGACAAGCCUUCCCAGAGAAGGGUGUGGACGUGGAGAUAAAAGGGAGCGCCUCAGUGAAUGAACAGUGCCAACUGAUCGUCCCAAAGCUCAACCUGAACAGCAAAUCAAUACAAAGUCACGAAGAGCUUCUUUGGGUGGUCACAUUCAACAUGAAGCCUCAGUCUUCAGCUCUCAUCGUCUUCAUUACCCAUGUCCUCUGUACGGCAGGGGUCAAGCUGAGCCAACACACAAAGGUUUCCCAGACACCUCACACAGUGUUCGGGAGAGAGAACGACCAAGUCACGCUGAGCUUCAGCCAUGCGAUCCAGAACUACGACACCAUCCUGUGGUACCAACGCUCCACCGAGACUACCAACCUGAAGUUGAUCGCCUCUGUGAACUACAAAGCAGCCUCGGUGGAGGUGCCUCUCGGAGGCCACUUCAACGUGAGCGGCGAUGAACCUGACCGAGUUCCGCAGCCACCGAAGGUGACCUUGCUGAAACCUUCGCCACAGGAGUGCAGCCAGCAGAAGAAGAAGAAGAAGAAGACUUUAGUGUGCGUGGCCACGGGCUUCUACCCGGACCACGUCAGCGUGGUGUGGCAGGUCAACCAGGUGCAGGAGGACACAGGUGUGGCCACGGACUUGCGGGCCCUGCGAAGCGGGGACUACUACAGCAUCAGCAGCAGGCUGAGGGUCCCGAGCAGCCAGUGGUUCAACUCCCACACCACCUUCAAGUGCGUGGUCAACUUCUUCAACGGGAAAGAAAGUGUGGGGUAUGAGGCGGAGAUGAAAGGAGAAAAAGGCUGGGACCAGGAAGACGCCAUGACGCGAGACAACUUCCUGAAGAUCUGGCAGAGCGCCAAACUCUCCUACAGCGUCCUCAUCGCCAAGAGCUGCGUCUACGCCGCCUUCCUCUUCUUCCUGCUCCGCAAGCUUCCCCUUGGUCUCCUCGGGGAAAAGUGACUAACUCUCAUUGUUGUGUUGUUGAUUGUGUCCUUCAUUGCUUGUCCUGCCUCUUCCUGAGUGCUUUUCACAAUAAAAGUACGAC